CUUGCAUUUAGCACUACUCACAUAAAGAAAUGUGAGUAUACUGUUAGAUAUGAUUAAAUAUACACAAACAUUUAACAGUAUUAGUUUUCCGGAUUCUUCUACAUGAAACAACUCAUUACUUUUCGCAAGACUUUCUAUUUUCACUGUACGUUAUGACAUAAAACAGCAAAAAUACUCACACGUGACAUGUAAAAUUUUAGAUGUGACGUGAUGCAGUAACACUAUUGCUAACAUACUAUUCUUACACUGUGGCUUUUUGCAUCCGCUUCCAUCAGAGCACAUGUGCUGUGCUCCUCUCCAUCCAGACAGCGCGAGUGUGCUUCAGACUCUAGAGGUCUCCAUCCUUCAGCAUCCACACACGCGCUGUGCAUUCUUCUGCAUCGGCCACAGACUCAGAGAGAGAGAGAGAGACAGAGAGGGAGAGACAGAGGACACCGCGCAACGGCAACCUGAGAAGCGCGUCCUCCGUCAGAGCGAACGGGAACUUUGAUGAUUUGACGGUGAAACCGAUGGAAACGUGGAGAUGAUGUUCCAGUCCUUGAUGAUGGAUUCGUCUUUCAGCAUGUCCAGCUAUGCUGUCCUUGUGCUCGUCUCCUAAUAGACUGCUGAUCCAUUUUUCUUCUCAAAUACUUCUGCUCUAUUACAGCUUUUGUGAUUGAACACUUAAGUCCGCGUGAAGAACAGUGAAGGAAACGGGGCGCAUUGUUUCAAUUUUCAUUUUUAUAAAGGACUUCCAGUUCACACAGGAUUCGUGAUGUCUGCAACAUACCGCUCCUUAUUCCUUUUGCUGUUGAGUUUGCUCUCGGCCGGGGCUCAGACCGAGAUGAAGCGGGUUGUCGGGGACAAUGCCACAUUGCCUUGCCAUCACCAGUUCUGGCAGUCGAAUGGACAAACAUUGGACAUUGAAUGGCUCCUGCAGAAACCCAACAUCAAACAGCGUGUGAUCAUCACAUUCUUUAACAACGAGGUCUACACUAACGACAACCAUGCCAGUCGUCUGUCCUUUGCGGGUGACUACCUAAACGGUGACGCCUCUCUCCUGAUCAGCGAUCUGCAGCUGACGGACUCUGGAGAAUACCACUGUAAGGUCAAGACUGGCGGCAAAUACCACUGGAGCCAAGUCAACCUCAUUGUGCUGGUGAAGCCGUCUAAACCCCGCUGCUGGAUGGAGGGCCGACUUCUGGAGGGCAGUGAUGUGAAACUGAGCUGUAAGUCUUCAGAUGGAUCCGACCCUAUUCACUACAAGUGGGAGAGAGUGCUGGAUAAGGGCAAGAGCGUGGGAAAACUGCCUCCCCUCGCACUCAUCGAUCUGAAGAAUCCAGAGAUCGUGACCUUGAGGAACUUGACGCAGGACAGCUCCGGGGUCUACAAAUGCACUGCCAGCAACGAUGUAGGAGAGGAGAACUGUAUCAUCGAGGUCACCAUGCAAUAUGUGCGGGGCAUGGGUGUGGUGGCUGGUGCCGUGGUUGGCGUUUUAUUCGGCGUUCUGCUCCUCAUUCUCAUCAUCUGGCUGGUCUUCCGCAAGAAGGAAAAGAAGAAAUAUGAGGAGGAGGAGACACCUAAUGAAAUCAGAGAGGAUGCAGAAGCUCCUAAAGCCAAGUUGGUGAAGCCCAACUCUCUCUCCUCAUCUCGUUCUGGCAGUUCCCGCUCCGGUGCUUCCUCCACACAGUCCAUGGUGCACAACAGCGCACCCCGAAACCAGCGUCCACGGCCACCCGCUGUUGCCGCCCUCAAGGAGAACGGACAGCCCCACGGCUUCUCCCAGUCUCCUCCGGCCUACACACAGGUCGUGCCUAAAACCCCAGAACCCCCUGCCACCCCAAAAUUCAGACCCCCCAAUCCUCCAGUGGGCAUGGCGAUCCCGGCCGGCAUCAUGGUCCCUGCUCAAAGCAAGGCAUUUCAGACAGUGUAGAGAGUAAAGGCAAUGUGGCCUGGUGCGGGUCUCUAUACAAGACACCCACAGUGACUUUUCCAAAAGUUGCAACUACGAUUGGGAAAAAAUACACACAAAUAAAAAAAAAACUAUAAAAUAAAAGCAUAAUUAAAAAAAUAAUAAAAUCAAUCAUAUAAAAUCUAAAAAGUUGAAUGCAUAUUUACAAGGGAAAAUACACAGUGCUUGCCCCCUUCUGAAGUAUUAAAAGAAAACAAGAGAGGAACUGAAGAACAAGAAUUUUUUUUUUUUUUAUUCUCAUUCUUUGGUUCUCUCUCCUUCUUUUGAUCUCAUGGCACAGUCUGACCUUUUUUUUUCACAUUAUUUGUUUUGUUUUUCUUUUUGAACUCUUAAAGGCUUUGUGGGCAGUGGGGCGGAAAGAUUUCCCCAAGUGCAGUUUAUUUAUUUAUUGCAUCAGAGAGGCUAAAGGACCAAGGGCAGGCUGGGUUUAUGAAACAUGAUGGCGGAAGGAAGGACCGGCCGACUCUGAAGAGAAAUGAAGGAUAUUAUCCAAGAACCUGUUGUUUCUGUUGAAGGCGAGGGGGCGGCUUUGGGAAUACGAACCGUUCAUCUCAUUCGUAAAGUCCCAUUCAUUUUUCCCAGAAUGCAAUGCAAACAUUGAGGGUGUCUCAGACAUGAGAAUCGAAGGCAAUCUUAUUAAUACCCUAACAAACCACUAAGAAAAAGCAACGUGAUUGGAAAAGAUGGCCCCGAUGGACAUUUCAGCACAUGGAUGACGACGUCAUUGAUGUAGCGGCAUAGAGAGACUUUAACGGUUCAGUUAUCAUAUAGCACACUGUGGGGUGAAUUCACUGAAUGGUUUCACUACCUGAGCACGCUAUAUUUCACAAAAAAACAGGUUUAACAAUAUUUAAAUGAUGUUGUUGUCAUUGGUUUUUGAGCAAACCCGUUUUUUUUUUUCUAUGUAAAUUAGGCUGUUAGUGUAUCUUUUUAUCAAAAAUCACAGCUACUAAUGUUUUGCUAUUAUUGCCCACAGAUGCAGACAGUAAAAGAAAUGUAGUAUUAGAGAUUUCAUCUAUGUUUUCUAGCAGCGGUAAUUCAUCAAAUGAUGAUUAAGUGAUGGAAGAAGAGCAUUCUCUCCAGUAACACUUUAUUUUGAUAGACAUUCUACUAACUAUAAGUAACUUUGCAACUACAUGUUGACUAGCAAUUUUAGUAGAUUGUGUGCUACCUGCUGACACAUUAUUUUGAUGUUUCCCAAUAGACAUUCUACUGACUAUAAGUAACUUUGCAAGUACAUCUCAACUUAUUCUAUAACACUAACCCUAACAGUCUACUAAUACUCUAAUGAGAGUUAGUUGAUGUAGUUGCAAAGUUAUUUAGUAGAACAUCUGAAGAUGACUAUCAAAAUAAAGUUAAACUUAUCCCAAUGUGUCAUGCAGUCAAGCGCACUUUAAUCACCGUUUCAGGUGCCUAGCAUUGCUGUAUGUAUAUUCCCAGUAAAGUACGCCAGAUUGCAGUCGUCUGCUGUAUCCUUCACAAUCUAGUGCUCAGAAUGGACCUGCGUAAUUGUGGCAUGCAAAUUGUUGCUGCCAUUACCUGAUUUGCACAAUUCCAUUCAUAAAUUUGGUGUUAAAUAACACAACAUAUGGAAAUAGACAAUGCCGUCAGCGGUGCAAUUGAUCCUUAGUGAAUUCCCCCUAUGUGUCAAGUACUCUCUACACACUGAUAUGAAUUUUUGCAGUUAAAUCUGUGUAUAUACAUGAGCGUACUGUAUGUCCUUGACAGAAAGUCUGCGGUCUGGCUUCGGAUGUCAUCCUCACCGUUUCAUGGACUUCAGUUUGUAUUACAUACCAACCGUGGUAUAUUUGUUACAGCUGUAUUUCCAAUGAUAUUGAAACCAAAAUCUGUCACGAAUACUAUGAAUGUGUAUAAGACAAAGAUAGUUUUGGUUUUUAUUUAUUUUUUCCUUCUUUUCUAGAAUACCCAACGGUACUACGUAAUAGCAUACGAGGCACAAGUAACUUUCGACUAUAAUCUCACAGUACUGUGGACAAGUAAUGAAAGGGAAUGCCAUAACAGGGACUUAUGUACAGAGCGUGUGUGAAAUUCGUGCGUGUGAUGGUGUGUGCGCAUUUGCGGUACUCUCCUUCUAGUUCGUGUAUGCACCAUGGGACUGUCCCAGGACUCCUAGGACCCUCUAACAACAGGCUGUCUCAAGAUGGCUGGCUCUUUGUGCCAGCUGCCCCUCGGCUUCCACCGCCAAGCGCUGUCAAAACCCUCUCCAUUAGCUGUGUCUCGAAGCCCCUGGGAAGACCUUGCUUGGUGCAUUUGUGAAAUUUGAAAUGGACAAGUUGCCUGUUUUGUGUGCCUUCACAGUGAAUUCUUCCCCUGAGAUUGCUUUUGUCCUUGGUUCUUCGCAAUGUACCAGACAAAAAAAGGAAGCCAUGUGUAAAACAGCCCCCGUCAGCAGAGGGAGAGAGCGCUCUGGCACAAAGAGUCAGUCCAAACGCAGCCCCACGAAUAAUGUACACUCUGUAGUCAUGAUGCUGUUUUAUAUUGUACAUACAGAUAAAUAUACGCACACAAUAUCCUUUAAGUUAUCGGUUGAAGAUUGGGGUUAUAGGCCAUAAUAAAGAUGUAGAUGAGGUAUUAUGCAUUUUCAGAGAGUAAUAAUUGGUCAUUGUAGCCCCUGACCCGCUAAGCUCCCUUUAAUAAAAAAAGUAAAAGUAAAAUCAUUUCCUUCUUAAUGGCUACUUGUAUAUCUGCCAUUGAUGGACCUUAAUAUUUCAGAGAGGAGAAGCCAUAAGAUGUGAGGAAGCAAGCAUAUAACACUCGUUUUGGUCCACGUUCAUUUCCACGAGUGUAGGUGCCAACCUCGUUCGUCAUUCCUAUUGGGUUGCGGUUGAGUCUGUAAUGUAGCCGAGUGCUGCCUAUGCCAAUUCCAAUUCUUCCGCCUUCUUGUUACCUUCCCCAGAAAUUGUGUUUGAUACACACCGAUACACUUCUUCCCAAGUGUACACACACACUUCUUCCCAAGUGUACACAGCCUAACACGACCUCAUAAAUAGAGGCACACUCGAGACGUGCUCUCCAGAGCCACAUUCUCCACGAGGCGGUGUAGGCGAUGUUGCUGGCUGAACUGUUGUCAGUAAGUGUGAUGGAUGGGCUGUCAUGCAGAGUGGGGAGUGAAUGAUGGGAAAUGUAAGGAGAACACAAGGUCCAAACCCUACAGAGGUUCUCAAAUACCUUUACCAUACCUUACCCCCAAGCAGAGACGAAACCCAUCUGAUUGGGCCUUCACAAUAUGGUCGUUUUUAGUAGCCAGUUACUCUCCUUGUGUUAAAAUAUUGACUCUGUUCCAAAACCUAGUGAGCUGCCUUACUGUCUACUGCCUAUAUAGAUAGCUGGCUCAAAGGUUAGCAUCCUAAUAGAGUGUGACUGCCCGUUUAUGGUGCUUUUCCCCUCAUGGUGUGGCUUGGUACGGCUCGCUUUGAGUUGUGGGGUUCUAGUACUAAAAAAGAAACCUAGUACCCGUUUUUUUUUUUGUCAGUACCACCUUGGUUGAGGCUCCAACGAGCCAUACAAUAUUAAAAUGUGAUGUGUAAACAGUGCAGCUCACUGAUUGGUCAGAGAGAAUCGUCACUACCAGCAUUGGAUUUGUGACACGAGACACCAAACCUACAAGAUUUAAAUAGUCAGCAACAGCCACCGCAUGAUUUGAUUUUUUUUUAAAUAAACUUGCUUUAAAUGACCGUUGGGCGCAACUUGAAAAAAGAAACGGCUGUAUCGUGGUCAGUAGAUGAGUUGGCUGUGCAACUAUAAAGAUCAGUCUAUAAUCCCACCCACUUUGAAGUGGUUCUAAUCCACAGUAGAAUAGCAAACUGGGCCAAAGUAAAGCAAGCCAAGCCGAGUCAUAUCACACAGUGGAAAAGUGCCAAUACUUUCAGCGGCCUUGGUUCCUCAAGUAUUUUUCCCAUAGAGAUUUUUAAAGUCUUCAUUUAACCAUUAUAAGCCAUGAACAACAUCAACCAGUUACAAGGUGAAUCACAACGUUAUAAACUUCAAUUUGAAGCAAAAUGAUAUUUAAAAAUCGGACAAUAAGACAAAGGUAAAGCAAGCCAGGUACAGGACAACUUUAAUGAGGGAAUUACAAUCCCAUGAAGUCUUAAGUAGCAUGGGUAUAUUUGUUUUAUUGUUUUCUUUUAUGACAAAAAUCAUUAGGAUAUUAAAUAAAGAUCAUGUUCCAUGAAGAUAUUUUGUAAAUUUCCUACUGUAAAUGUAUCAAAACGUAAUUUUUGAUUAGUAAUAUGCAUUGCUAAGAACUUCAUUUGGACAACUUAAAAGGUGAUUUUCUCAAUAUUUAGAUUUUUUUGCACCCUCAGAUUCCAGAUUUUCAAAUAGUUGUAUCUCUGCCAAAUAUUGUCCUAUCCUAAUAAACCAUACAUCAGUGGAAAAAUAUAUAUUUAGACAAUCUAUUUUGUGUUUCAUGGGACUCGCCAGGAGCUAAAGAGUUCUUUUGGUGCAAUAUGCUUAAUGCGAUUCUCUGACUGAUGAAGCAGAUUCCUGCUUUCUUAGCAGAAUCAUGGGUAACGAUUUUUUCUGCUCUUAAAUGUAAUCAUUUUAAAAUAAAAUUUGAAAUAA